AUGGACACCGAUAGACCCUCCACCGAAACGAGUGAUCGUGGAAUACAUGUCCCAAUUCUUCGAGCCACCAACUACAUGGAUUGGCGUCGACGUCUUAUUGGUCGUCUUGUGUCCAAGGAUUUGCAUCUUUGCGCAUCGAGGCCGUUGAGCGCCGCUGCGGAGGCCGUUCUUCAGGUCGCAAUCGACGAUCGAUCGCGCGGCUUCCACUCGCCCCUGGAGCGGCUCGACUUCGCAUCUAUGGACGCGAAGAUCGCCAAGGAGCCAAAGAAGGAGGUUCGAACUCAAGCUGAAAUCAUUCAGUUUUUCGACGAAGCCAAUCUUCGCCUGGUCAGGGGUUGUUACACGUCUUACGACAUACUCGACUCGCUGAACACGUUGUACCUCGGCACGAUGAGCGCUCAGAUUGGCGCCUUGACGACUGAGCUCUAUGUAUUGUUGCUGGUGGGUGAUCCGCUAUGUAUCUCGCUUAUAUAA